AUACAACGGCAUUAAUUAUCGAUGUAAUCUGGAUUAAUUUUUCAGUAAAUCUUAACACACAAAUCAUUUCACUUCGUUUGUUCAUUCAGGAAACUUUACGUAGAUCACGAACUUCUUGGUCAACUCUCCAAACCUCAUUAUUUUAUCUUUUACGAAUAAAGCCUCAAAUUGUAAAACUUGGAUCAUCAGCAGAUUCUAUUACUAAUGUUAAUAAUAAAUGUGAUCCAGCUACUUGUGGUCGUCGAAUGUUUCUAGCAUCUCUUAUAGUAGCUUCGAAAUAUCUUCAAGAUCGUAAUUACGCAAAUAGUGCCUGGUCAAAAAUAUGUGGCUUACCUGUGAAGGAAAUCAACGCGAUCGAACUACGUUUUCUUCAUCUUAUAGAUUAUAAUCUUUUCAUCAAAGAACCUAUUUUUAAUAAAUGGUCAAAUCUUUUACGAUCACAUAUCUGCGCUAAUUUAGGAGCUGAAGUAACACAGAAUAACGCUUUCG